AGCAUUUCAAGUAACAAGACAUCACUGGCGGAAGCGCUCGUGUGUCGGAUUGAUCACACGAAUGCUUGGCGUGAGUAGGGAUUGAAUGUGUGCUGACUGGCGCAAGCAGAACGUUAGUAUGUCGUCAACAGACCACAUUCCCGCUCGAACCAAGCGAGCCACAGCCGCAGCGCGCAUCGAGCUGGCCUGCACAGCCAACGAAAUAUUCACCAACUCUCCCAAGAGAAGGCGGAAGGCUGCCACUCUCAAAGCAGCUGCAAGCGCUUCCUCACUGAAAGCAGCAGCAUCGAAAACGCCUCCAACACCACCACCACGCCGAUUGCCGCGUGGCCGAUUCGGAAGCAGUGCAAGUUUUGAUUGUGUCCUUGACCGUGAGCACUCACCCAAACUGGAAAACUCUUCGUCCACCUAUUUGCGUGGUAGAGAAAAUUCGAUUGGUGGGAAUGUACGUACUCGUAUAUCUAGUGUUCCCGGGUCUCGUAUCUCACCGAACUCUGCUGGAUCGUUGAGCCCCGAUGUGAGUAACGCCAGAUCAACGGAAGGCCCACCAACGGAGACAAAUAAUUCGCCCGUGCCAAAUACUAGUUUUCACACAUCCGCUAAUGCAGUCUGCACAGGUGUGAGUGAAGCCCAUGCGAACGCCACCAGUGGACAAUCCAAUGGUGUUAGUGGUGUUACCCGAGUGAGUUUGGACGGCAGCGCAAUCGUCAGGCCCAAGCAAGCGCUGACGGUCGAGGACUGCGCCGCUAGAUUCGUCAAUCGCCUCACGUUGGACCUGUGCGCUAGCUCCAGCCUCUUCUCGGAUGUAUGCGAUGCUCAGCUGUUUCAUGAAAAGCAUAUCGAAAAUACCGAAGAGCGCGAAGCCGACAAACGCGAUGUCGGCCUAGGCCCAGCUCAAUCUAUCGACCCCUCGAGUAGGUCUACAUCUCACAGAAUGGAAGCGUCGGCAGCAGGAAAUAAUGGACCAACAAUCAGAGAUAGAAGCGAGCCUUCAUCAGCGCAAUCUAACAACCGUCGUCGUGCCCUGAAGAAUCUUGAUAUGGGCAGUAGCAAAGAUCAUGAGAGGUCGACUUCCUCUCCGCUCUCCCCUGGCAAAGAGCCCGUGUUAUCACCCAAGGAUGGGAUGAUCUUCUCGUAUUUUGACGUAGCCGUGUCGGAACAGGGCUCGUCGGCGGAGAGGCGAACCCAGUAUCCGCUCAUUCCGACCAGCUCCGAUCGAUCUGUGGGUUUGUUUCGUCGAACAUUGUGCGUGAACACGUUGACCGUAUCGCCCGUUCUACCCGCUGAUCCCGUUAGUUCGAGCUCAGGAACAGCGACGGCAGCGGACUCGGCCGAGUUUCACACGACCUUGUCCUCGGGUGUCGACUACACAUCGGCUGAAAAUGGAGGCGACGGAUCUGCUGCAGGCGCUGGAGUAUCCGUGGUUCGCGCUGGAUCUGUGAGCACGACAGGUUACAGCCACGGCAGAUCUACAACAUGCAGUCCUGUGCGGAGUCCACGGACGCACAACGGUUCUAUCUCGUCCGAGCACCGCAACACAACUAAUCUUCCUCACCGGAGCAAGUCCACCCGUGUUUUAUCACGACUUUUCGAUCGUGUAUUCCGCCGUCAUCAGAGCGAGGAAGCGGAGGAAGAGCGGGGAAGCGAGCGAGCAGCUGCGCGGGUUCUGCGGACACCCUCCACCAGCACCAGCAGCAACACAGACAUGGAGCAUCGACGCAGCGCCAGUCGUAGUGACACAGCUCGUAGUAGUGGCGGUGGUGGCGGUGGACAAUUCUCGCCAUCUGGUGGCGAUGCCAUGACCUCAAGCUGCGCAUCACUCAACGACGGUAGAGCGUCGUCGCUUUCCGACAGUGCUGUGGCCAUCUCCAUAAACACACCUGAACCACAGCUGUCCGCAUUUCAUGACGGGCGAGCGGCUCACGUACGUCGGACUUUGACGAAAUUUGGCCGAAGUAUCACUGGUCGACGCUCCAGUGCAACAUCACUGGAGAGAGAAGCUACUCCUGGUUUGAGUCUGGGAUCAAGUUCCCAUCCAGGUACUGCUAGCGGUGAUGACGAUGAGCAUGCAGCAGCAGCAAUGUCUAGAAACACAACUGCUACACCAGAGGGUACAACAUUGUCAGCCAUUCCACAAUCGCCACCGGAGCAGCAGAGCCAUCUUCAUCAUUUCAAUCUUGCUGAUGGCGUCGAGGAGGUGGAUCAUGGCUCGCUAGGGCAGAGAGUGCCUCGUACGGAGCAGGAAUCGACCCGUGCUGCUUCUACGGAGCAUGGACAGAGUUUGCUGCGUCACUCCAGUCCACCGUACGCACAGGGAGUAGUCAAGGUUACCCGUAGAUCACUGACCAGUUCCAGCCUACAGCAGCACUCGCAUCCGGGCAGUCGUGAUUCGACUCCCGAACGCCAGCAUCACCUGGAAAGACGGCUAAGCGGUGACCUGCAUGGCCGGGCACUGAACUCGGUCUCUCCGAGAACUGGAUCUCCGGUGUCUGCACGCCUGGCGCCAAAAACACAAUCGUCCGCACCAGUAGUCAUCCGCGAGCCGAAGCGCUCUAGCCUCGAUGGCCAUCACAUGCGCAAGAGUCACUCGAUGGACGAGGACACAAUGACAAACACGCUGAUGGAGGCGAAGAGGCGCAUGCCGCCGCAGGAAUACGAGGCACUGAAGGUCAUGCUCAGCACGGACGGCAAGAACACGUUGUCGCCGCCGCUGUCACCGCCGCUGUCGCCCAAGCAGUGGUCCGUGUCUCUGGACCACCUGGCCGACGGCGCUGAUCCGGAACUGCAGACGGGCAGCUUGCGCGUACGCAACGAGCGCGACGUCCGCCGUUUGAGCGGCCACGACAACAAGUACAUCCAGUCGGCAAACGCAUCGCCAAGCGUGACGCUACCGAGCCGACUGACAGCAGAAGAUUCGCGCAACAUCUCCCGCUCUCUCAGCAGCCUGUUCAAGCGAAAGCACACCAGCGGCAGCCAGCGCAGCUCGCAGAUAGCGCAGGAAGUCGAUCAGGAUGGCCGGCCGCUGGCGAAAGGCACGUCCAUCGAGUCUCUCAAUUCCAUACAGGCUGGUAGACCGGCUACAGCUGCUCCCGGCCAGAGUUCUUCCCACCACCCAGGCUCAUCCGUAUCCAGCGAAACAUGGUCUGAGAGUUAUGGACAAGUAUUAGGUCAGGGGAACAUCAGCAGCCGUCGGUACUCGUCACCGCCGCCGAUCGACUUUCAUCCUCCCAACAAGCCGAAGAGCGAGAUGACCCAUCAUGACAUGAGACAACAUGUCCUGCAGACCCUGCUGGACACAGAGAUGAAGUACGUCGGCUCUCUGCGCACGCUGGUCCGCGAUUACUUCUCGCAGCUGAAGCGCAACAGUUACAUUGAGUCGGCGCUCGUCGAGGAGAUCUUCUUCCAGAUCCCCGUGAUAAACCUGUGCCACAAGCGCUUCAAUCAGCAGCUGCGUGAGCGCGCUGACAAAUGGCAUUCACAGACUGUACUCGGCGACAUCUUCCUGCAGUCGUUCUCUAAAGGUAUCCUGAGCCAUGCGUACACGGCGUACAUCAAUCAUUUCCUGCAAAUGAAGGAUACCUUGCGAACCGCUAUAGCUCAAAGACCAUCUUUCGCCAAAUUCUUGGAGCAAGUAAGUCGCGAGAGCGAAGACAAGCUGACGCUGAGUGACCUUCUCAUCAUGCCCGUGCAACGCAUACCUCGCUACGUUCUCAUCCUGAAGGAUUUGUUGAAGCACUGUCCGUACGAUCAUCCCGAUCACGGGCCACUGCUGCAAGCCCUAGACGCCAUGUGCGCCCUGGCGGAGAAGAUGAACCGUAGUGAGGAGCAGGCGACCAAUCUCGAGCUGCUGCGUGAGAUUGAAACCUGCUUCAACGGCGUUGUGCCAGGCCUGGUGGCUCCUCAUCGACAGCUGGUGCGCAAGGAUCGUGUGUCUGAGGCGGUCGGCAGUCAGACCAAAGAGCGGCUUCUGAUCCUCAUGAAUGAUGUACUCCUGUGUGCCACGGUGCGUCGGAGAACAGGGUCCCGAAAGGGAACAGUUGCGCAUUCUUCAUUGAUGUCAUCGAGCGAUGCCAACACUAGGUACAAACUGAUGUGGAGAGCAAUGGUGAAGGACAUCAGCGUCAUACAGACUCAAGAAGAGCUGAACCUAGAUCUGCAGGCAAAGCGCGAGAUCCAGCUGCUCGAGAAGGACCUAAUCACGCUCAGUGAGAUCAGUGUGAAGUGCGAGAGCCUGGUGUCUCACCACCAGGACCUGUAUCUUAGCAUCAACAGUAUGAUCAAGGGCAUCAAUGAUGGCAUUCAGGAGCGCAAGAGCUUGAGAGAGCUGGCCACGCUUACACUGACGGUGGAUAGCAAGAAUGCUCGCAGUCAACCAGUGCCACACAUCCUGGUCUUUCAGUCCAGCGAGGAGAAGAGCAUGUGGAUACAGGACUUCAAGGGAACCAAAGAAAAGCUUGAUCAACCUCUGGAUGGCCAUGAUUCCUGGCACCGUGCUGAGAGCGAUAGCGGCAGUCUUGGAGAGUCAGCCACCCUGAUGUCGGUCAGUCCGGCACCUCGCUAUCUCUACAAUAUUCCCAUGAUGAAAACUCGCAGCGGCAUGCAGAUAACUUGUGCUUGCCCAAGCGUGGCUCCUGGCCAUCUGACACCGACAGCAGUGGCAGCCAAGGCUAACGGUCAACUGUGGGUCUGUGCCAGCGAUGGGCAUGUAGGGCAGGUAUGCAUGGUAAACACGGAGAAGCUGUCACCUCGCCUAACUGCCUGCAUAACAGUGUGUGAUUCUCGGAUCACAAGCAUCAUUGCCGUGACAGAGUAUGUACCUACAGAUAUCCAGUAUAUGCUGCACCAACAGGAGACUACAAAGUUGGUAUCUGGCCACCACAUGUCGUACGAUAGCGACAGCGAAAACGAGGGCAGUGGGGAUGAAAGCAGUUCACACGAGACACGCAGCCCGCAGAGCGGCUACAGCAACCCAGCGUCAGCAUCUGCAUCAGGAGCAUCAGCCAUCGCAUCAGGAGCAUCAGCCAUCGCAUCUCCUGUACCUCUGGCACCUGGUGAAGAUAUGCCCGACGGUGCUGAGCUCAAGAAGACCAUCACGGAGACACACUCAACUCUGCUGGAUCGUAGACUGCCGAGCACUGUUACUGAGGAGACUGAGGUAGCGCUCUCCUUUGUGUCAACACCCACAGCUACCGCCGUGCCAGCUCCAUUACAAGACCAGGUGUCGGACAGCCAGCUGCACAACUUUGGCACAAAGAUGUCGUACGUGAAGAGCUCGCCUCAGCUCCUGUUGAAUGAACCGCGCAGGCAGGGUGAUGUCACAGAGAACGUCACCACCACGAGCUCGUCCACGCGCAGAGAUAGUGCUGGAUCGCCACCGCCGAAGUCCUCGCUGGGUAGGAAAACAGGACUGCUGGCAGAUUCUCUAGCUCAUACGGAUGGUGAAACUGGGGAGAACACUCCAGUACCGUCUAGUCCUGCAACCUUCCUUCAAGACCAGAAAUUUCUGGCGAGCGAGAGCACUCUGAUGUCAUCGUCAGCAGUACCCCUGUCAGAAUUAUCCCCGGCGGAAGAGCCUGCUCAUAUGGCAUCAGCCGAGCUGAGUCGUCCACGCGUUGCACCCGUGGACUUGCCGCUGAGCAAGACGAUGGUCGAGUCCAGCAGCGCGAGUAGCACCAGCGUGACCUCGCCAGUCGUGUGUGAACCGCCUCAGAACACUGCUGUCACCGUCACGACUUCCGCCUCUGCUGGAGGCAGUCCCGCCCAUCGAGCGGCUCCGGCCAGAGGCGACUCCACGGAGGACGUCUUUGUGGCAGCGUCUCUCCUGAGCCGUGUCCGUCACUUUAACGCUUUGGCUGAGACAACGCUCAGUCCAACCAAGCCACGUCCAGCUGUCGGCCAGACAGGCGACUUUGUGGACUCGGGAAUUAUCGCCGGCGACGAGGGGUCGGCAAGCAGUGUGGGUGGUGUGUCGCGUAGUGGUAGCGAUGUCAGCUCACGGAGCAACACUGCUGCUAGGCAUGCGGCCGUGGAAAAGGCUCGCGUCCCCACGGCCCGGAGUCAGUCGCUGACAGAGAGUCGCACCAGGCGUGUCGGUCGAUCAUUCAGCCACUCCACCACUCUCGUAUCAGUCACUCAGCGUCAGAAGAUCUCCGCUGCGCAUCUCAUCAUCAGUCAGCAGACCAACAACUUGGCCAAUGAUGGCAAGAGGCACAUGGAUCAUGACCCCACCAUGUGGCUGGGAACAGACAAUGGACUUCUCUACAUCUACCGAGCUGGAGAUUCUAUUCGAAUGCGACAGCGUCGCACUGUCCUGCGUCUCAAGUUUGGCGUUGUGAAGCUGUGCCACACUGGUAACAGCGUGUAUGCGUCUCUGAAGGACGGCCACCUGAUUGUGUUCACACGGACUCCAGGUGGCAACUGGGACACUCGCGACCCGGAGGAGAUCGUUACUAACUUGCCUGGGUCGGUCGUCACGUCUAUGAUCGUAGUCGACACGGAUCUCUGGUGCGCCUGUAGAGAUCGAAUUCUGAUCAUCGGAAAAGACUCGGCCUUUGUCAAGGGGACCAUCGUAGUGGGCCGCGAUCCCAGCGCCAAGGUCUCCUUCAUAGCCAACUUGGGGCUGUGCGUGUACGUUGCUAUGGAGACGGGUGGCCUGCUGCACUGCUACAACGCCGGCAAUCAUGAGCACCUGUUUGACAUAGACACGAUGGCCAAUGUUGCGCAGAUGUUGACCGGGUGUGACACCAUCAUACGUCAGCAUAAGAUCAACUGCUUGCGGAUCACAGCGCUGGAGAGCUACCGGGGUCUGAUCUGGACUGGCACCAGUGCCGGUGUGGUGCUGACACUGCAGCACAUGCCCGCCGUAACGAAGAGAACGACCGGCAAAGACAUCGGCGAUGUACCGCAGCCGCAGGCGUCGUAUAACGGGCACACGGGACCGGUGCGCUUCAUCACGGCCACCGAGAGAAUGAGCAAGCAGCCGGUCGCCGGGGCAACAAACAGCGGCAGUGAUGCGCGCGACCGCACCAACUCUCACGAGACCAUGUCGCGCCAGCAGAGCUCGUCCGAGCAAGGAGCGUCGGCGCCGAGUUCAGUACACAGCACGCCUCUUCACAGCGUGUCCUCCAUGGAGCGAGCGGCUGCGCUGAACACAGACGUAUGCAAAUACGUUGCAAACACGGACGUGGAGGCGCUAAUCGUGACCGGAGGCGACGGUUUUGAGGACUUCAAGGCCACACCGAUCGCCGAUAACGAUGACUUUGCUCACGAUGACAGCUCGAGCCACCUGCUGAUAUGGCAGAUGACCUGCUAACCUACUGAGCUCCUAACCUGCUGACCUUGGCGUGCUUCUAAUCUGCUGAGCUGCUGAGCUAACUAAGAUAACUGGUUAGUCAUGGCAAGAGGUACGCAGCAUGCCAAUGUCAGCAGUCAACAAGUGUGAUUGGUUGCGUACUUCAACGUAUAUCCAUGGAUAAGGGAGCACUAUCAUACUGGAUACUAUUAUGUCUGACGUGACCAGUACUAGCUGGUUGUGGAAUUGGUGGAAUAGGAGCAUCUUGAUGACUUAGUACACAAAUGACUGAAUUGUAGAACUUGGUUUACUAGUACAUAUACGGGUGCAUUGUCUUGCCCCAUGCACGCACUGCAGAUAUUUAAAACUGGACGAUUCGUUUUAACCGGAGUCCUGUGGCACUCACACAGUCAGUUUGGCUCUUUGGAGCACUAGUCUUGACAUCAUGCAGUGACAAUGCAUGCACUAAUCCAAGCUGGAUGUAGCUAGUUGAGCAAUAUGCUGCAAUAUGUUUCGUCUUGUCCGACGCCUUUCGCGUUCAAGCGUCUUGUUUUCUUCUUCUGUUUCGUUUUGCGUUUUGAUCUGUUGAAACCAGCUGAUUGGUUGUAACGAUGUGGAAAUUAUUUGUUUUGCUAACCCUACACGAAGCCAAAAACAGGAUCAUAUACUAUACUGACAUAGAACCAGUAUCUAUAUAUUUUUUCUUUUGCCGUA